AUGGCGUCCAUCAUGGAAGGCCCGCUGAGUAAAUGGACCAACGUGAUGAAAGGCUGGCAGUACCGCUGGUUCGUGCUCGACUACAACGCGGGGCUUCUCUCCUACUAUACGUCAAAGGAUAAGAUGAUGCGGGGAUCACGCAGAGGCUGUGUUAGAUUGAGGGGAGCUGUGAUUGGUAUAGAUGAUGAGGACGACAGCACCUUCACAAUAACUGUUGAUCAGAAAACCUUCCAUUUCCAGGCUCGAGAUGCUGAUGAGAGAGAGAAAUGGAUUCAUGCUUUAGAGGAAACCAUCCUUCGUCAUACUCUUCAGCUUCAGGGUGUGGAUCCUGGAUUUGUUCCCAGUGUCCAAGAUUUUGAUAAAAAACUUACAGAAGCUGAUGCUUAUCUACAAAUUUUGAUAGACCAAUUGAAGCUCUUUGAUGAAAAGCUUCAGAACUGCAAAGAUGACGAACAGAGAAAAAAGAUUGAAGACCUCAAAGAAACAACCAGUAGCAUGGUUGAAUCAAUAAAACACUGCAUUGUGUUGCUGCAGAUUGCUAAAGACCAAAGUAAUGAGGAGAAGCACGCAGAUGGACUUAUAAGCACUAUUAAUCCUGUUGAUGCAAUAUAUCAACCUAGUCUAUUGGAAUCUUCAGUGAUCAGCACAAUGCCUACCCAAACUGUCUUACCUUCAGAACCAACCCAGCUUUGCAAAUCAGAGCAGCGACCUUCAUCCUUGGCAGUUGGACCAGUUGUAGCAUUAAUUGGAAGUCACCAGACUCCAACACCAAAUAGUACAGGAAGUGGCCAGUCAGCACCUAGCAGCAGUUUAACUUCUCCGAGCCAUGCCAAUAUUUCUCCAAAUACAGUUCCAGAUUUCUCUUACUCCAGCAGUGAAGAUGAAUUUUAUGAUGCUGAUGAAUUCUAUCAAAGCAGCUCAUCCCCAAAGAGAUGUUUGGACUCUUCAGGGCCCGGGGCAAUCCUAACUCGUAGCAGCACAGGAAGUAGUAUGAAGCGCCCAGACACAACAGAGUCCCUCAACUCUUCUAUGUCUAAUGGGACAAAUGAUGCUGAUCUGUUUGAUCCCCAUGACGAUAGAGAUGACGAUAAUGAAGGGGAGUCUGUGGAAGAACACAAGAGCGUUAUCAUGCAUCUUUUGUCACAAGUUAGGUUAGGAAUGGACUUAACCAAGGUGGUUCUUCCAACUUUUAUUUUGGAAAGAAGAUCACUUUUAGAAAUGUAUGCAGACUUCUUUGCACAUCCAGACUUAUUUGUAAGUAUUAGUGACCAAAAAGAUCCAAAGGACCGAAUGGUUCAGGUGGUAAAGUGGUACCUCUCAGCUUUCCAUGCUGGAAGAAAAGGGUCUGUUGCUAAAAAGCCUUACAAUCCCAUCCUGGGAGAAAUAUUCCGGUGUCACUGGGUGCUGCCAAGUGUGGAACAAGAAGAAACUACGGAAACUCUGGCAGAUGGACCACUUCCAUGGGUUACCCAAAACAGUGUAACGUUUGUAGCGGAACAAGUUUCUCACCACCCUCCAAUUUCAGCAUUUUAUGCAGAAUGCUCUAGCAAGAAAAUACAGUUCAAUGCCCACAUCUGGACAAAGUCAAAGUUCCUGGGAAUGUCUAUUGGCGUUCAUAAUAUAGGCCAAGGGUGUGUAUCAUGCCUAGAUUACGAUGAGCACUAUAUUCUAACAUUCCCCAAUGGUUAUGGGAGAUCUAUUCUCACAGUGCCAUGGAUAGAGCUGGGAGGAGAAUGCAACAUUAGCUGCUCCAAAACAGGCUAUAAUGCUACCAUAAUCUUCCACACGAAACCUUUCUAUGGUGGGAAAAAGCACAGAGUUACAGCAGAAAUCUUUUCUCCUAAUGACAAGAAAUCUUUCUGUUCAGUUGAAGGAGAAUGGAAUGGUGUCAUGUAUGCCAAACAUGCAACUGGGGAGAAUGUACUCUUUAUAGAUACCAAGAAAAUGCCUAUCAUUAAGAAGAAAGUAAGAAAACUAGAAGAUCAAGAAGAAUACGAAUCCCGCUGCUUAUGGAAAGAUGUAACUUACAACUUAAAGAUCAGAGACAUUGAUUCAGCUACUGAAGCAAAGCAUAGGCUUGAAGAAAGACAAAGAGCCGAAGCCAGAGCCAGAAAGGAGAAAGAGAUUCCAUGGGAGACACGGCUAUUCCAUGAAGAUGGCGAAUGCUGGGUUUAUGAUGAACCACUACUCAAGCGACUUGCUGCCAGUAAAUAUUAAGUGGACCACCUGUAUGAAGUUGAAGCCUUGGCUUAGUGGCGAUAGUUGUAACUUUCAAGUACUCUUCUUUUGGAGAGCAUGUCUCCUCCAGUUACAGUUCCUAUCUCAGGGAUACUGGAUUCACUGAUGCAGCGAACAAUUAAAACAGGAAGAGCCUUGACUGUGUAGCAGUAAUUUAUAUUGGCCUUUCCUGUCUGACCUCCCAUGCUUCUAGAAGAAUUAACCUGGGCUUGAUCCCCAUCAUAUAUGUUUUAACCACUGCUGUAAAAGGUGCAAUGGGGCAUUUGAUUCCAGUUACAUAUGAUUCUGGCAUCCUACAAAUACAUGACUUUAUUUCAUUAGAGCCAGUUAAUUUGUGUAAAUAUGAGGAUUCAUUCUGCCAGUUUAGAAAAUGCAAGAUUCUAAUCUACCAACUGGUAUGUUUUGGGUUUUUUUAAGAAAUCGUUUUUUUUGGCAUUUCAUUGUUUCCCCAAAAUAACUUUGGUAUUUUUAGAAACUAAAAUGUAAUUUUAGAUUACCAUUUGGUUCCUGCUGGUGCAUCUAUAAUGCUUCAUAAAAUAGAUUUUCAAUUG